UGUGGAUAUACCAUAAGGGCCGCGACAAACCACUAGUUUCGCGGUGUGACAAGUUUUAUAACCUGAAUAGCCGUCUUUAAUAUAUCGCUUCGUGAAGUAGAGUGGCGUUUAUGUUUGCUAAAGUCUUUCGUUUCGUGCAAAAACAUAUCGGAUCAGCAUAUUAUUUAACAUUGUGAUAUAUAUUUCGUUACUUGUCACAGACUCAGAUGAUUAAAGAUUUAAGAAAACGAUGAUAUAUUAAAACAUCCAAUCAUGGCAUCAGCUAUCGAAGUUUUGGGAAAACAGGCAAUGAAAACUUUCAGCGAUCACCGGUUUUGUCAAAAAAACUUUGACAAACUAUUGAGUCUAAUAAACAAGAUAACUGCUGAGGAUGUAAAGUUGGAUAAGAACAUUCUCGAUUAUGUUAGUAGACAACCAGCACCUAUGUGUGUGAUGGAUAUAUUUGAGAACAAAGACAUAACAAUCGCUAUUUUUAUAUUGAAACAUGGAGUCAGGAUGCCUAUGCAUAAUCAUCCUGAAAUGCAUGGUUUAUUAAAGGUAAUCAGUGGUACAAUAGAAUUAAAUAGCUGCAGUUUGAAGACAAAGAGUGAUCAUGUAAUUAAAGCGAAGGAGGAAAUUAUGGGACUUAGGCAUCGACCUAUCCGUCUUCAUAGCAAUUCGUCCGCUUGUACUUUUACACCUACCGAGAAAAAUCUUCAUGAAAUUCUGUGUGUGGAGGGUCCUGCGGCUUUUUUGGAUAUACUCAGUCCACCAUACGACGUUGACGAGUUCGGCAAGGGAACAAGACCGUGUACGUUCUUCAAGAUGGUCAAAUCCAAGUUGUGUACAGAAGCGACAGAUAUAAUCGAGGAAGUUCAAUUGUCGGUUGUAGAAAAUUUGCCAGACUUUUACUCUUCAAGUCUAAAAUAUAGGGGACCUCCUUUGAAAAACCAUUGUAAUUAAGAUAAUAUUUUUCUUUGAUUUGUGAAUUUUGUAUUUGUAAUUACAUAAUCGUAUUAAUAUUGAUUUUUACGUGAUCACUACAUAUAAGUAUAUUUAAGAUUAAGUUUUACGUAUGCUUAGUAGAUAUAAAUUAAAUAUUUAUAUUGUAAACUUGUGAAACUAUUCUGUAAAUUUAAUCCCAAUCUUUAAGUUGAUUCUACAAUCAAUGUUAUUGUUGGAUAUUAAAUAUAUAGACAUAAUAUAUAGCGAAUUUAAACACUUGUCUUAUCCUAUUUGCUUAUUGAUGCAUAUCAAAAAUUUAUUUAUAAAAAAAUGUAUAUUUUUACUAAUAAAACAUCUAAUAUAUUCUCAA